AUGGUUUAUAAGACUCCACCAGAAGAUAUUGAUGAACUCAAAGAAGAAUCAUUUCAGAAUGCAAACAAAUUAAUCGGGAAACGUUUCAAAAAGUUCGUCAAGAAUUCGAAAAUAGGCUGUAUGUACUAUUGUCUAGAAUAUAAUAUUGAUAAUGUGCAUUAUCCUUCUUGGCAAGCUCAACUAACAGGAAAAAAACGUUGGAAAUUUUCCCCACCUCCCGAAUGUUAUAACAUUUGCCAUUCGAUGGAUAUUUUAGUAGAACCCGGAGAAAUAAUUGUUGCUGACACCAACCGCUGGUACCAUCAGACAGUGAUAAUGGAGGGAGACUUGAGCAUCACUAUCGGAUCAGAAUUCGAUUAAAAUUGAUGGAAGAAAUUCAUUUUGAAUUAAUUAUAAUAAUAAUUAAUAAUAAUUGCUUCUGUUGUUUUUUGCUCAUUAAAUCUCGAAGCUGC